AUGACGGCAGUGCGUGAUUCGUUGUGUAAUAUGGAACCGGUACAGAUUCCAAGGCCGCAAAUUUCUGGCUUACAAUUUAUUCCAACGAGAGGUCGAUUGGGAUUCUAUGCGACCAUUCGUCGCGAUGGUGAAAAAUAUGGUGUUGAAAUAAAACCGAUCGGACCACGAAGACCAGUCUUAUCAGAUGGUUUAUUUAUAGAUGAUAGUAACAUUCCGAAGUCAUCAAAUAGCAAAAUUGAUGAGCCUCUGAAGAAGCAAAAUGCAAAAUGCUUAUCGGAACAAGAUUUGCAAUCAGUAAAGUUGUCGAAUUCGUCAGCAACUACUUCCAAACCAUCGCUACCAGUACCGGAUUAUGAGAGAAUUAAUUUGAAUAAACAAUGA